AUGUAUGAUCGUUGUUAUAGUGGUAGAAGGGGAUUGAAGGAGUCUUUUGUCUUAGGCGUUGAAGAGUUUGUUCGAGUAGCAAGACAGUCUAGAUAUUUUGAACUUGAAGGUGGGAUUAGAUGCCCAUGCAUUAAGUGUGACUGUACAAGGAUUUUGACAGAUGAGAUUGUAAAAGUUCACCUUUAUAAAAAAGGGUUCAUACCAAAUUACUGGAUUUGGACAUUACAUGGUGAAGAUAUGCCAGUUGAUUUAAUUGAAGGUGAUAAUUUUGUCCCUAGAGAUGGUGUACAUACUGCUGAAAUGGAGCAAUUGUGUGACAUGGAAGAGAUGGUCAAUAACGCUUUGUGUCAAUUUCAAUCAAACCAACAACCCAACGACACUAACUUAGAAGAGCGUCCUAAUGAAUCCACACAAAGGUUUUAUAAUUUGUUGGCGGAGGCAAAUCAACCUUUAUUUGAAGGGGCAAAAGACUCUAAAUUGUCAGUAUAUGUUAGACUUCUAUCUUAUAAGUCUAAUUGGAAUAUUCCCAACCAAUGCUUAGAGGCUUUCACCAAACUUUUGUUAGAUCUCACACCACCAAAUAUGAGCUUGCCAAAGAGUUAUUAUGACGCUAAGAGGUUAGUAUCAAAGUUGGGAUUGGAGGCUAAGAAGAUUGAUUGUUGUGUGAGUGGUUGUAUGCUCUUUUAUGACAAUGAUAGUGGAAAAAAAUAUGCAGCAUUGCUUGAAUGUAAAUUUUGUCACAAACCAAGAUAUCAUCCACUUCAUCAAGGAUCAAGGCGCAAAAAACCAAUUCCAGUUAAGUCAAUGUUCUAUUUGCCUAUAAUCCCAAGAUUACAAAGAAUGUUUGCUUCUAUGCAAACUGCGCCACAUAUGACUUGGCAUCAUGAAAACCAAAGCCAAGGAAUGUUACGCCACCCAUCUGAUGGUGAAGCCUGGAAGCACUUUGAUCGUAAACAUCCUACCUUUGCGUCUGAUCCACGCAAUGUGCGACUUGAUCUAUGUUCAGAUGGAUUUAACCCUUACAUUCAGGCUUCAUCUUCACCAUAUUCUUGUUGGCCCGUGAUUGUUACUCCAUACAAUCUUCCUCCAGAAAUGUGCAUGUCAAAACCUUAUAUGUUUUUGAGUUGUCUUAUACCAGGGCCAUCCAAUCCAAAGGCCUCUAUUGAUGUUUACUUGGAGCCUUUAAUUGAUGAUUUGAAGAAGUUGUGGGUUGGUAUCUUGACCUAUGAUGUUUCAAGGAAACAAAAUUUUAUGAUAAGGGCAUGUUUGAUGUGGACUAUUAAUGACUUCCCUACUUAUGGAAUGUUAUCUGGUUGGGGCACACAUGGUAGAUUAGCUUGUCCGCAUUGCAUGGAGCACAAUAAGUCAUUCACGUUAAAUUAUGGUCGCAAAAGUUGUUGGUUUGACUCACAUUGUAGGUUCUUACCUAAUGACCAUCACUUUAGGAGAAAUAUUAAAGCCUUUCGAAAAGGGCAAGUUGAAACAGAUGGGCCACCUCCUAGGUUGACACCAUUACAAGUUUGGAGAAGAGUGAAACAUUUUCCAAAAGUCACUGAAAACAAUGUAACACGGAUAGAUGGAUAUGGAGAGUGGCAUAAUUGGACAAAAAGAAGUAUUUUUUGGGAUCUUCCAUAUUGGAAAGAUAAUUUGUUAAGGCAUAAUCUUGAUGUAAUGCACAUUGAAAAAAAUUUCUUUGAAAACAUAUUCAAUACUGUUAUGAAUGUGACGGAAAAGACAAAGGACAAUGAGAAGGCAAUAAGGGAUUUAGGAUUGUAUUGCAAGCAAAAAGACUUGGAGUUGAAGGUUCAAGAUAAUGGGAAAAUAUUAAAGCCUAAAGCGAAUUACACCUUAACUCCAAAUGAAGCUAAAUCAGUUUGUCGGUGGAUAAAGGAACUUAAGAUGCCAGAUGGUUAUAGUUCCAACUUGGCUAGAUGUGUUGAUGUUGAAAAGGGAAGAAUCCAUGGAAUGAAAAGUCAUGAUUGCCAUGUAUUCAUGGAGUCAUUACUUCUUAUUGCAUUUAGUGCUUUGCACAUUCAUGUUUUAAAUCCUCUUACUGAAAUUAGCCAUUUUUUCAAAGAUUUGUGCUCUACAACAUUAAAAGAGGAAUGCCUAAGAAGAAUGGAGGAAAAUAUUCCAAUUAUUCUCUGCAAAUUAGAGAGAAUAUUCCCUCCUGGAUUAUUUGAUUUCAUGGAACAUCUUCCUAUUCAUCUCCCCCAUGAAGCAUUGUUGGGUGGACCAGUGCAAUACAGAUGGAUGUAUCCAUUUGAAAGGUACUAA